UCCCUCAUUCCUCAUCCCCUCGCUUUCUGCCUGCAAGCUUAUCUUCUUCUACAUCACCCUAGUACUGUAAGCAAAGGCGCCUAGAGAAAACCCUUAUGGCGUCUCUUUCAAUGGCUUCCUUUUCUCUGAGAUUAUGCCCUUUACGUUCCGCGUCGAUUGGUGUCCCUCACGGGUAUGUGCAACUCGCCCGAUUGAACCAGGUGGGUAACUCGCUGAGUCUUAGCUCCACUCACUGCAUUUCUGGGCUUCACGCGGUUGUUCCUCAGAAGAUUUCCACCGCUGCUCCUCCGAAUUCCCAGAGGUUUCAAUCUCUUACCGUUUUCGCUGCCAAGGGCUACAAGAUGAAGACCCACAAGGCCCCCCCCCCCCCCCCCUUUUCAGUCGGUUCACAGCGGUUCAGGGUGACUGGUAGGGGGAAGAUAGUGAGAAGGAGAGCGGGAAAGCAACACUUGUUGGCUAAGAAGAACACCAAGAGGAAAUUGCGUCUCUCGAAAAUGCACCCUGUAAGCAAGAGCGACUAUGACAACGUGAUUGGUGCAUUGCCCUAUCUGAAAGUCAAUCGAAACGCCAAGUAAGAGCAUUUUGGUAUAUUCUUCGUGUUUCUCGGGUUUAAUGUGAAAAUGAGUGAGGAAAAACAUGGAAAGGAACACACGAGUUGCAACAUCCUUUUGUAAUAACAUUUGUCAAUGAUUCAUUUCGUGUUUGGUUCUUCU